AUGCCGCCUGCUAAGCACCAAACUACCGCGUCCUUCAUCAAGAACAGUCGUCCUGCAAACCAGUACUACUCCAUCGUCGUGGAGCCAUGUCCUGAGCCUCCAAUCUCCGGUGCAGCAGUUUUCAAGCAUAGUAAUUGGUCACGUAUCGCCUCACUACUGCCGGUGCUAUUGCUGCUUACAUUAUUAGUUAUAAGUGUGACUACGUACGCUCCUCGCUCGUCCUCUGCUAUUGCAGCGCGCGAGCGGAAGCCCGAAGAUGUCGACGACAAGUGCGAGGUGGAGAACUGCAUGCCGUACGAUAUCCGCUCGUCUUUUGUGGACAAAGAGGUAAUGGUAGAGUGGUCUACGCGACACACUAACAUUCCCACGGUAAAGUUGCAGAAGGCAGAUGACAACAGCCCCGGUCUCGCCAAUCCAUGGCGAUCUUGUCACGAUUUGACCGCUGAUGUUGAAGUGCGCUACCGUCGUCUGGGAGACAACGACACAAUGCUGGUCAGCGACGAGAGUGAGGAACCUUUUGUCAGGAAGGCAGCUACUGCGUCCAAUACCGACAAUUCGGCGUUCACCACAUACACAGCGCACUUUGAACUUCCAGAGGUAAUGCAGAACGCGGCGUACGAAUUCAUAGUCGGUUCUGUUUUCCACGGCUGGUCGGCGGUCCAUCGACUUGGUGCCAUUAUCCCAUAUCAUGGAGAUGAAUCGGAGCAAUGCCGUCCUAAAAAUGUGCACACGGCGUACGGCUUGAAGCCUGGUAGCUUGGCUGUGCAGUGGAUGACCACAGAGUUUUGCGGAGAAGGCGACGCCCAAUUGCAGCUAAAGGAAGGAUAUCUUACUCACAUUGAGGUUGACGGACCGAAUGCGACCCCCGUGACGGCCUGGGCCAACACGACGUUGUUUGAAGAUAAUGGCGCGGAGCAGAAUAAGGGCUGGAUGCAUGUCGUAAGACUACAGGGGCUAAAGCCGGACAUGAGGUACACCUACGUUGUUGGCAAUGCACAUUACGAAUCGUGGUCAAUUCCAUUUGCUACCAAAACUGCACCAGCCCCACUGCUUCCUGGAGAGAACCCUAUCAAGUCCACGCGAUUCCUGGUCACGGGGGAUAUUGGCUAUCAGAAUGCAGCCACUUUGCCGAUGAUGCAGUCUGAGGUUGCCGAAGGAGCUGUGGAUGGCAUUGUGUCUGUUGGAGACUACGCCUAUGAUCUGCAUCUGGUAAAUGGUCACGUUGGAGAUAUUUUCAUGCAGCAGAUCGAACCGAUGGCUGCUAGUGUACCGUUCAUGGUGUGCCCAGGAAAUCACGAACAACACAACACAUUCAGCCACUACUCGCAACGCUUUUGCCUUAUGCCGAGCAAUGAAAUCGAAGGCGUACAGAGCGUACACGUUGGCGGACGAUUACGAGAUGCAGAGCCCAAGGAGGUGCCAAACAACUGGUUUUAUUCCUACGAUGUAGGGCUCGUGCACUUUACGGUUAUCUCAACAGAGAUCUACUUUAAAAAAACCCUGGAUGUAGAUGGAGACGUGAUCGCACGGCAAGAAGCCUGGCUGGAGCAAGAUCUUGCCAGAGCCAAUACGAAUCGGGAGCAAACGCCUUGGCUUGUGGUGAUAGGACAUCGUCCCAUGUACUGCACCUCUGACAGUACCAACUGCGGGGACAAAGCUGCAAUGCUACGGAAUAAGCUGGAAGACAAGCUGUACAUGCACGGAGUUGACCUUUACCUUUGCGGACACCAGCACAACUACGAGCGAGCUUUUGAUGUGUACAAGUCACAUACAUGGAAGCGCACCCACAAUAUGCGUGCUACGACGCACAUUCUCACUGGGGCGUCGGGUCAGUACUUGACGUCUAUUAUGAGAAAAGCUUUUGAGAGACCCAGUGAGGUCUGGAACGCCUUCCGCAAUUCCAUCUUUGGAUACUCGCGCAUGGAGGUCGUAAAUGCCACACAUUUGCAUUGGCAGCAGGUCGAAGCAGACCCCGAGAAUCCAGCAGCACGUGGGCUCUAUGGUCAUGUGAUUGAUGACGUGUGGCUCAUACAAGAACGACAUGGCAGCUUCAUGUAG